GCGCGAUCCACUCGUGAUACGACUUCCGCCGGGCCCUGCGGUUCCGAGUCUCUUCAGGUGUUCCGCUGUUCCGGUCUUCCCGCGUUCCGUGUUCCGGCCGUUCCCCGGUCGGGUCCCCCGGAAAUUGCUCGCCUUUUUGUUCGCGCACCGCGCUUUUCUCGAUUCCGCAAUUUGCCAUUUUUAUCAAUCUUCGGCUCGCGCCUUUUUUGGCGCCGUCCGCUCCCCGCCCCCCCCUCCCCCCGGCCCCCGGGCGUUUCCUUUCAUGUAAAUUCCGUGCUCAUUAAAUAACCCUGUCGCGGCGCCUCACCUCUGCCAACUUUUUCCAGCCGCCUUUCGUCCUGACGUCACUUCCUCCGUGACGUCACUUCCUUCGUGCGAGGCGUUUCGGACCUGUUGUUCCGUCGGGUUUCCCCGGCCAUGCGGCCCUCGUUUCUGGUCUCUUUGUGCGCUUUGAAAAAAUGACCGACAGGUGAAAGUGUUUUCCAGUUUUGAGCGUCCUUCGUUCCGGCUCGUUUUGAGGUUAAUUCUUUUACCCGCCCAGCCGCAAAAUUCUCUGUUGGACUGCUGGAUAAGGCGUGAAGCUCGCGGGCCCUUGGACGAGGACCCUGCAGGGUUGGGAUGUACGAGUCGUCCUGCUCGUACCAGUCGGCGGCAGCGGCGGCGGCGGCAGCGGCGUUCGAGCUCAAGCGGACGGCGAUCAAGACCGAGAGUCCGGACAUGCUCGGGGUCGGCGUGGGGCCUCCCGACUGGGCCGGCUGCGCCGCCUACCGCCUCGCCUGCAACUCCUCCACCUUCGAGCAGCUCAAGCACUUCUCCGAGAAGGCCAAAGCCGCCCUCCAGGACCGCCGCUACCCCUCCACGCCCUCCUCCGCCUUCUCCGACCUCCCGUCCGCCGCCCCGAGGCCCUCCUCCCCCGCCUCCUCCACCCUCGGACAUCACCACCUGGAUCUCCUGCAGGAGGACCUUGCUGCCGAUAAGCGCCUGUCUUGUUUGGGUUGCCCGAGCAAAUCAUCGUAUCAGCAUUUAACUUCCAUCACAGAAACGCUGCGCGUCGCCACAAAAACAGAUACGUCGUACAAAGGCUCAUGGGCGACGCAUACUCCCUCUCAAUCUCAAGGCUAUUCAAAUUCCUUGUCGUCGAUGACAAAAUCAUCUUUAGAUCCACACAAUCAUCUAAGGCAAACGGGGUACUCGAAUACGUUAAGUUCGAUGACCAAAUCAUCAUUAGACCCACAUAGUCAUUUAAGGCAACCUGAUCCCUAUCAGAUGUUUGGACCAACUAGUAGCAGAUUAGCGAGUUCAGGUUCGGGACAAAUUCAACUGUGGCAAUUUCUAUUAGAGCUUUUAUCAGACUCCACCAACGCCAACUGCAUCACGUGGGAGGGGACCAACGGCGAGUUCAAGCUCACGGACCCGGACGAGGUGGCCAGGCGCUGGGGAGAGAGGAAAUCGAAACCUAAUAUGAACUACGAUAAACUAAGUAGAGCGCUCAGGUAUUACUACGAUAAGAAUAUAAUGACCAAAGUUCAUGGUAAGAGGUACGCGUACAAAUUCGACUUCCAGGGCCUUGCGGCGGCUACACAACCAGCCACGACGGACCCAACCGCCUACAAAUACCAAUCGGAUUUCUUCUACCAUCACUCAACCAAACUCAACUUCAUGAGCCCCGCCAUACCUUCCUCAUCAGCGGGAAUAUUCUCAUCGCCGACGUCUUACUGGACAAGCCCGGGGGCGAACCUAUACUCGGGGCACACGAUGGCACAUCACCCGGGUCACGUGACUUCGCACCUGAGUUCGUACCCCCACUACGCAUGACCUAGCUGGGACAGGCGCAACUAACCAUCACCGACGCCCGCCGCCCGGCAGCCAGGGGGGCCGCCCCCGCCCACGCCGGCGCGCCGCCGCGCCUAAGUCACCGGUGUAAUUGCAGCCACGCGUCCAGAUCCGGGCCGCCCGUGAUUGCUUCCUGCCCGCCCCGAAUCCAAUCACGCACGCGUCACGUCACAGGUCAAAUCAGGUACUUCUCCGUCUCGGGAGGGUUUAAUAAUACGGAUAGAGUUUAGCGGGAAGGAACUAAGUUUUCUUCGGAAAACAAUGGGAUUAUCUCAUCACUUCUCUGUGAAAAAAAAGUCCCAUAACAGAUACUGAGCUUCAGAUCAUAUCGUCACCUUCUGGCCAAAGUAUCACAAGCGCCAUGAGCCAUUUCAAGAUUUCCGCCGCCAUUUUAUUUUCUUGCAGAGAGAUUGUUCGACGAAACUGUCCAAAAAUGUCAAACGGAUUCAACCAACAAUUUCUCUGUAAUAAAAUAAAAUGGUGGCAGAAAUUUUGAAAUGUCGCAUGGCGAGUGACGAUAUCGAACGAAAAAAAUUUUCGGUUUGGUGACCAAAAAUUUUGGUCACAAAAACCGCACUUACGUUCUUAUGAUCAAAAAUCUCGGCUAUAUCUAAACAAUGAACCAAUGAAAGCUUAUCACAAGAAUGUAAUUCAAUGUAAAUAAAAGGUAUCAAGGCUACGUUUACUAUUUUAUUGUAUUAUUCUAACCAAUGAAGUUCGGUGUUCAAUAGGAGCCAAAGUUCAGUAUCUAUUAUCAAACUUGCUUUCUCAAUGUUGUUUGGACGAUCUCGAUAAAACGAUAGCUCUUUCGAUUCGUAACGAAAUAGCUUUGAAUCUGCACAUUAUUUUAACAAAUGCAUAACAACGACCAUAUGAAACUAUCUCAUACGCAAAAUCUGUAAAAAAAAGAAGAUCCAAACACGGCAAAAAAUUAUAUUGUUGGCAGACGACCGAAUUGAGAACUCGGAAUGGCCCGUGAUUUGAAGCCCAUGUUUCUCAUACCGUUCUAAAGUCUUUAUUCGUUAAUUAAGUAGAUUUUAACGCCACUUUUGUCGGUAAUUUCUUACGUUUUCAUUAAAUUCUAGUCAUCUCUUUCCUACAUCUUGUCAUACAUCUAGUCAAUAGGUUUUCGUUAGUUUUUUUGUGCACAGAUUUAGUCACAUUAAAUGAAGACUGCUCAUUUAAAGUUUUUCCGGUGAUAAUCUUAUCUUAAGAAAACCGUCGACCUUGAUUGAACUUUCAUUUUACACCAAACGGAACUUAUCUAGCACUUAUACAGUUGUUAAAACUUAGAAAUUGAUGCUAUUCUUACAGAAAAUUUACUCAUGUAAAAGUGUUUUAAACUAAUUGUCAAGAGCGGUUAAAUUGUACUCUUUUGAACCAAACACUCUUCCACAUUCUUUCGUAACAUUAUAGAUAAUGUUGCGAAAGACUCAGGCAUAUGUAAUGAUAUCUAUGAUAAGUAGUCACUAUUAGGAAAUCGUCGGGUUGGUAUUCUUUGGUAACAUUGAUUCUUUUUUUUUUUUAAAUUCAACAUUUUGAUGAAUCAAUAAAGCUCAGUUAUGCUUGAUUUUACUUGAAAUUAUGUCUCACAAGUUAAAAUCAAGUUUAUUGGAAUAUGUUAAGGUCGGCGGUAUUCCUUUCUUACUUGCCAUUUUAAACCUCUCCAUAUCUAAACCUAUCUUUUGUCUGUCACUUGGACAAAGGGUUUCAUUUUUUUUUUACGGCAUUAAAACUUAAUUGUUCGACGGUUUUUGUGUGACCGAACCAACAGUAAUAUUUAGUUGUAUUUGUUAUUACAUUUUGAUCUGUUGUUUCCUAUAUUUCUCUCAAUUCCUUCAUAUCAUUUGCCCCUCACAAUCAUCAGAAUGUGGAUCAUUUCUUUUUAAAUACUGGUAAAAUUCAUUUGUUCUGUAGUUUCUCAUCAUUACUUCAUUUUCCCGCUAGGUGUGAGUUGUUCACUAAUAUUGUGUAUACAUUUUUCAAAAUUGCAAUUUUUAUCGAUCGCAAUUGAGAAAUUAUUCUAAACUGAAAACUCGGAAACUGAGGGGCAAAUGAACUAGAAAGUCUUGGAAAUUUCCUCCGCUGACCUGUUAAUAUAGUGAACAUACGUUCCUUGUACAAACUGUACAAAAACUUGUACAAACCGGUCGAGUCAAAUCAAACCUUACUUAUUGUAUAUAGCUAUAGUAUUAAUUUCAAAUAAGUUGAUUCAAUGUUUGUUGUUAACCGUACAAGUAUGGAAACAGAGUAAAUCUCCGUCUA